AUGAACUCAAAGUCCCUCCGCCGCCUCGCCGCAGACCACGGCUCCCUCCACACCGCCGGCCUCCCCCCAAACUACCUCUUCCCACCCGAAUCCGACAGCACUUCAGACCUAACCUCCCUCGACAUCCUGCUCGCCGGCCCCGUCGGCACACCCUAUUCCGGCGGCGUAUGGCGCCUCCACCUCGACAUCCCACCCACAUACCCCACCGCACCGCCCACAGCGCAGUUCCGCACGCGGUUAUGGCACCCCAAUAUCGAUGAGGCGACGGGUGCUGUGUGUGUGGAAACGCUCAAGCGGGAUUGGAGUAGCACGCUCAAGUUGAGGGAUGUGCUUGUGACGAUAAGUUGUUUGUUGAUUCAGCCCAAUCCGGCGAGUGCGCUGAAUGAAGCCGCGGGCAAAUUGGCGACGGAGGACUGGGAGGGGUAUUGUAGGAGGGCGAGGCUUAUGACGGGGAUUCAUGCUGCGAUACCAAGCAACAUCGAGCAAGACGUGAGGGAGGCGCAGAUGCGAGGCGAGGAUAAGACUACAAUAGAGACGGAUCAACCCAUCCCGAAACCACACUCAAAAGGCAAAGAGAAGGAACGUGUUAAAGUCACGCCAGCGGGACCGAAACUCCAACGCCAGAAAAGCGAAGACGAAGAGAAUAGGAGGAGGAGAGGCGCGACACAAGAUGGCGAUAGUGAUACUGAGGGCGACUGGAUACCUGGUCCAGGUGGGAGGACGAGAAGAAGCGCGGUGCCGGCGUCUCGACGACAGAAUAAUAUCUUCGGUAUAAAGGGCUUGGACGAUGGCAUGCAGAUUGAUUCACCACCGAAACGUAUUUUUGCUGUGCCUGGUGCGCAUACGCCGUAUAGCACGUCGCCUGCUUCCACAUCGAAGGAGAAGGAGAAAGAGAAUGGAGAUGACACAGACCCAUUUACUACCGUCACGUCGAAACGGAAUACACAUCCUGAAUCUGCUACUGGAAUCGGUGGGACGGUAGCAGCGGAAAUGGAAACAGAAACGCCCGACCUCCUCAAAUUCUCAACACAAAACCCCUUCGCUGCUAUACAACCUAAUAACCAAACACACCCACUCUUCAAAGAGUUCUCGUACAGCUGGGAAGACGCCAUGGUUAUUCAUGACGCCGGUGUGAAAGCAGAUACUAGGGGUAAGGGGAAGGCAGAUGUGCGCAAGAGACACGCAACAGAAGAGUUUGAGAAGAAGGAACGAUGGGAGAUGAAGAGGUUCAAGAGGGCGGGGGGUGAUUUGAAGAGGUUUAAUCGGGGGGAUUUUGGGGCGAGGACGGGGGUGGGAAGGCUGUGA